AUGAGGAAAGUAGGAAAGGUGUAUUUGGCUGUUUCCAGCAUAGGCCAACUGGUUCUGAACCUCAGGUGUACCCUGGUGGACCCUGUUGUGAAGGUGGAACUCACAGGAAGAGGCUUCCUGAGAUGGUUUGAGGAGCAUAAUCCUGAACUGGACUAUGACAAGAGCACAGCUUGCACCAACCAGGCUGUCUACCUCUCCAAAGCUAAGAAUUUCCACAUAGAGGAUGGAUGGCUGGAUUCUGGGGUCCUCACCUUUGACUUCCAAUUCAAAUUUCCUCCAAAUAUUCCCUCCACAUUCACCAGCAAAAUUGGCUGCAUCUCCCACUUUGUUUGA